GCAAAGGGAAAGCAAUGGAGCUGAAUGCAUCUUUGUUCGGUCGAGAGAAGCGUUCUGACGGCCGGUUUCCCCAUCAGCUGCGUCCGCCAGCAGUGGAAGUGGGACUGCUGCACAGAGCCGACGGGUCAGCACGCUUCCGCCUGGGAGAUACGAGCGUCACCGUGGCUGUCUAUGGGCCGUCGGAGGCACAGCAGCAGCGCAAGACCCUCCUGGACCGUGAGCGAUGAAUGAUCUACCUGUUUUGCCAUCCCAUGUUUGUUUCGGUCGUGUGAUCUGGUCGGUGUCUGUCUGCGUGUGUGUUGUGUUGUUCAGGUGCGUACGUGGAGGUGCUGGUUCGGCCUCUGAGCGGCCCGGCUGAUGCCGAGGAGCGCAGCCGCGAGGCCAUCCUGCAGAAGAUCUUCGAGGCGGCCAUCGACACCCCGAGGCACCCUCGGACAGUCGUGCAGAUCACUGUGCAGCCCAUGAACAACGACAAACCGGUGAGAGGAGAGAGGGUGGCACCAGGAAAAUCACCGCAUGACCGAAAUGCUGUCUGUGUCCGCUGUGUACAGAUGAUGCAUGUGUGUGUGGUGGGCAUCUACAUGGCCCUCCUGGACGCGUCGGUGCCGCUCCGCUCUCUCCCACUGGCUGUCGCCCUCGCCUACCGACCCCUUCCACAAGGCUCGCCCGACACGGACUUCCCCUUCCUCGUUGACCCACUGCACACCGAACUUGCGGUACUCAUGCACACACACAUUGGCGUGGCAUAGGUGGGCCAUGUCUGUCUGUUGCCUCAAGGCGUGUGAGGGUUGCAUUGUGAUCGUCCUGGACGCUUCCCACCGCCGGUCGAAAGCAGAAAGGGACGAAGGCGACGAAGCUCUUCCGUCAUCAGCGGCGGCAGCAGCUGCGGCCGUCCGUCGUGCGUCUGAUGCUCCCCGUGGCCGUGUGCUGGCGACGUUCCCCGAGUGCGGCGGGGCGAUGCCGCCCGAGGUCUUCCACACGGCACUCAAAGUGGCGGAGAACGCAUGCAAGGUCGGCAGGGCAAGGGGGCAGUAAAGCACCGGCGAGCAAAAUGGUCACAUGUCGGUCGGUGUGUCCGGUUAUUCAUGUAUAUGUAGGUGUUGGAUUCGUUUGUUCGUUUGAGCUUUGAGAGGCGUCUGACGCUGCUGCAGGCGGCAUUUCGGGUGCAGAACUCGCAUGGAGGAGAUGAUGAUGAUGAUGACUGAACGAACAGAUCUGGCGUGGGCCCAGGGAAGGAGGGGGGGGUUGUUCAGACUCUUCCUACUGUUGUUG